CGCAUGCGCAAAAGUGCGCAUGACGUCACAUCCAUAAACAAAGGGUCAUUUAUGAAGUCCGUGACCUACUUGUCCACUAAGCUUGCAACAAAUGCGCCGAAAACAGUCUAAUCCUAAGAAGAUAAUUAAACACAGAGGUCUUUACUCACCAACAGCUCUUCACAAUGCAUACCUUAAAGUAAAAGACAGUGGCUUGCCAGUAAGAACUGUUGCAAAACAGUAUGGUGUUCCUCAUACUACACUAUGGGACCGUGUGAAAGGGGUUAUUGACCCUGAAUGCCUCAAACCCGGACCAGCUCCACUCUUCUCUCAGGAAGAAGAGGUCAAACUAGUUGACCAUGUCAAGACAAUGGCUGCCCUUGGGUAUGGUUAUACCAUCAGUGAAGUUGUAGCAAGUGCUACAAACUAUGCAGUGUUCCUUGGUAAAAGGCCAAAUGAUAAACCUUUGUCUGUGAAAUGGUUUAAGGGUUUCCAGCAGCGAUGGCCUGAGUUGCGAGUUGUUCGUCCGAGGGCACUGUCCAACUACAGAGCUAAAGCCACAUCAGAGGCCAAUGUUCAUGAAUAUUUCAACAAUUUGAUGAGCGUUGUUGAAAAACAUGACCUCCACAACAAACCUGAGUGUGUCUAUAACAUUGACGAAAAAGGUAUCCAAACAGAGCAUACCCCACCAUUCAUAAUAAGUGGCACAUUGAAGGCACCAGCAGUUACUUCGUCAAGGUCCUGCGUUACAACAAUAAUUGGAUGUGGAAACGCAUUAGGCACACAGCUUCCACCAUUCUUUGUUUUCAAAGGGAAACGCCUGAAUGCAGAUCUGUUACAAGGGUCUACACAAGGGUCAUCAGGGUGUAUGUCUGACAGUGGCUGGUCAAAUUCAGCUGUGUUUUUACACUACAUGGACACCCAUUUCCUCAGAUAUGUGCAAAGAGUGGACAAGUCACAGCCUAUCCUUGUUCUGCUUGAUGGUCAUAAAAGCCACAUAAAUGUUCCAGUGCUGGAUUGGGCAAAGAAGAAUAACAUUAUUCUAUUCAUCUUACCGGCCCACACAAGCCAUGUCCUUCAACCCCUUGAUGUGGGUUGUUUUGGACCCCUUCAAAAAAUCUACAACUCCAUGUGUCACAGAUUUAUCAGAGAAAAUCCCUCUACAAAAAUAACAAGGUACAAUGUUGCUCCUCUUGGAUCUGCUGCAUACGUAGCAGCAUUGUCUGUGGAAAAUCUUCGAUCUGCCUUCAAGAAAUCAGGUGUUUUUCCUGUUGACGAGUCAGCUGUUAGCAAGGAGCAUUUUACCACUUCGCUACCAUAUGUUGCUGCACCAUCUGUUCCUGAAAUCAACAAAAACAUGCAUGAAAGAAAUCCUGAUGUUUUCUUCUAUGAAGCAGAAGUUGUCAUUAACAAAAAGAAAGAAUUCAACAAUGCAAAGAAAAAGAAUAACAUUCUUGAAUUUACAUCUGGCAAAGAAAUAACAGAUCCGAUAAUUGAACAGAAACUCAGGGAAAGAGCUGAAACAACAAAUGAACAGAAAAACAAGCAACAAACUGAACAAUCCAACAAACAUUCGAAGCUUAUGCCCACAAAAGAAACAGUUUCACAAACAAGGAACAAACAACUGAAAAAAAAACAAUCAACAAAACAACACACUUACCCAGAGCCUGGACCCUCCCAUCUAAACACUGAUGUUGAAUCCUCUGAAGAUGAUGAUGAAACUUGUUGUGUAUGCAGCCUCUUUCAGCCAAAAGAACUUGCUAACUGCGUAUCAUUGAUAUUUGUAAAGUGGGCCAAGUGUGACUUUGAUAACUGUAGCCACUGGGUGCACUUGCAGUUUUGCACAGCCACAAAUGUUGUUAGGAGAAAUGACCCGUUCUAUUGUCCUUGCCACAAUAUUGCAGAGGAAUAGACUUGUUUUUUUGUGUUCAAAGCUACAUGCUUUUCUAAUUUUGUUAAUUUUCAUGUUUCAAAAAAAAUUGUUCAGUUUCAUGUUUGUUUAUAUUCACUGGAGUAGUAUUUAUGAACUGUUCGGUAAUAGGUCAUGUUUACAUCGGCCGCCAUUUUGUUUUGUCUGCUAGAGGUGACAAUAAACAAGGAAUCAUUGUUA